AUGGCGACGCUGCCCGACCUGGCGCUGCUGCGCGUCUUCGAGUACGUGGCCGCGGACAACCUGGACGACCUGGUGUCGGCCGGGCAGGUGUGCCGCCACUGGCGUCGCGUCGCGGCCAGCGAGCAGCUCUGGCGCCGGCGCCGCCUCAAGUGCCACGGCAUGGCCACGGAGGCCUUCACGCGGGUGGUGUCCUUCGCGCCGCGGCUGCACAGCCUGGACGUGUGUUGGAUCAACCAGAUCAGCCCCGAGGACCGCGUCAUCCGCAAGCGCGCGCUACUCGCCUCCCGCAGCAAGCUGCGGCGGCUGACCGGGGUGAUGUGCCACCGGGACUCCGACUGGACGCACGGCCUGCUCGCCCUCCACGCGGAGCACCUCAGGGAGCUGGAAGUGAGCACCGCCGACCGCGAGGCCCUGCAGGCCGUCGGCAACAUGCCCCUGCUGCACGCGCUGCACGUCUCCGGCUGGGACCCGGGGCUCGAGAAGGACCCCUACAUCUACCCCGCAAGGCCCGACGGGCCCAACCGAGGGCCCAACACGGGCACACGAGUUACUGGGGAAGACAGGGGUUUAGAACGCCUAGAAGUGCGUGGCCUCCCAAAGGAAACUACUGUCUCAAUGCUGAGGGCCAAUAGAAGAUCUCUUAGAAAGCUGACUCUCAAUGUUGGCACCCCAUCGGAUCAGCACAACGCACCAGGCUGGCCCAAAACUUGCAGCGACCUAGCACAGCUGCUUCAAGCUUGCGGUUUGCAGAAUCUGAAGGAGAUUACCCUGACUCGGUACGGUGGCUGCUUUCAUUCUGAUACAGACUGCAUGAAACAACGAAAGUCACUGGAGCAACAUCUGGAAUGCUGCAAUGUGCAGUGCAGCGAUUGUAAUCCCUUCAGUUUUGCAUGAGCAACUUUGGAAGCUUCAUUACAAGAUAAAAGUGACACAAAACAGGCUUUUUUUUCUGGUUCCAUAUUUA